GUCGCGCCUCAUCACUUGCAUAUCAACUGUUGCAUAAACACAUAGCUGCCACACAACGUCCACAUUCACGAGGUAUCCGAGGCGAGCGCUUUCAAUUUGUGUCUGCACCUGUUCGCCUGCCUUAGCUUAUUCUCAAAAUGAACUUUGGCGCUUACGGAGAUGCUGGUGCUAGCCAGUUUGGUGGCGGUGGCUUUAUGCCGAGCCCAGCACCAGGCCACGAUAACCAAUACGGCGGUGGCGGUGGCGGACAGCAGAAGGGGCGCAACCAGAACAACUCGCUGCGCGCCUUCACCAUCCGCCACCUACUGAAGGAGACCGCCAGCACUGAAGAUGACCGCGUCAAAGCUGAUGGGCACGAGAUCUCGACCGUGACGAUUCUGGGCAAGGUGACCUCGUACCGGGAGCUGUCGACACGGGUGCAGCUGCAGCUGCAUGACGGCACCGCCAGCAUGGAGGUCUGCAGCUGGGUGGACGACGCCGACAUGCAGGCCCAGAAGCCGGUGGAGUGGCAGGUGGGCAAGUACGUGCGCGUGUACGGCAACCUCAAGACCUUCGAGGGGAAACGCAGCCUCACCGCCUUCGCCGUCAAGCCUGUGACAGACCACAACGAGGUGACGUACCACUUCCUGCAGUGCGUCAUGCAGCACCUGCACCUGACCAAGGGCACGCCGCCCACCGGCCAGCCGCUGCCGGGCAAGGCCGCGCCCGCCUUCGGCAGCACCCCCGCCGCCACGGCACCCUACGGCGCUGCGGGUGGCUACGGAGGCGCUGCGCCUGCUGCCGCGGCCCCCGCUGGCGGCGACAUCCACUCGGACCUCAAGGCCGUGUACAACCUGCCGCACGCCAUGGCCGCGCCCAACGGCCUGUCAGUGGAGGCGGCGCACGCCGAGCUGCAGCGCAUGGGCCGCGCCCACUACAACCUGCAGCAGGUCAUGCAGGCGUGCGAGUACCUGGCGGCGGAGGGUGUGCUGUACAGCACUGUCAACGACACCACCUUCAAGUCCACUGGCGCCUGAAGCAAUCGAACCAGUUGGGGGGCGCCCCUGCUUGAGGGGGAAGGCGCCGGGGGCGCCCUGGCGCCUAUUCAUGAGGCUGGUGGUGGUGGUGGUGGUGGUGGUGGUGGUGGUGGUGAUGUAUGAGGCUGGUGGUGGUAUUGGUGUGACAGCCGCCACUCGCUGGGCGGGGAGGCGGGGAAGCGGCGCCUUUUGGGGGUGAGGGGCGCUGCAGGUGCUCUGCCCUGGGAGGGCGGCACCGCGUGCGAGCAGCGCCAUUGCGUUGCGGGGGCUCAAGUAGCCAGCAGCUACGGGCAACCGCACUUGGUUGUCGGGUGGCGUGAAAUGAUGUUGCGUUGACAGUAAAAGCGGGAGCUGCAGGAGUCUAACAUUUAUGUGCCUGGUGCGGUAUGGAGUCCGGCUGACGGGGCGAGAGGGCUUGGCAAGGAUGAGGAGGGGGACCACGGGGGUACUGGUCCCAAACGCAGCGGACCCGGCUGCGGUGAUGCGGCACCUGCCGCGGCAAGGCGGUGGCGAUGUAAGGAUGACGCGUUUACGCGGUGCCUGGAACUUGAAUGCCCUGUUCCCUUCGGCUUGGCUCCCUGGCGGGCUGUAACGAGCAUGCCAUGGACCUAAGUUCCUGUCAUGGGCGGAGGAGGAAUGUCGCGUGUGGCGCCAGCGCCUGGCACAGGACAAGGUGUUCAGUGGUAAGUAAGCGCAGGGGCGUGUGGGCCAUGCCUGGGUAAGUGGGUUGCUCUGGGGCAGUAUAGCAGCUGGGACAGGGCAGGGCGGGCAUUGCCUGGACAUAACAGGCGGCGAAGAGUGCCGAGUUGGUUGCACCCGCUCUGGCCAAAUCCAAAAGCCAUGCCGGCCCGACAGGUCGCAUGUAGCUGAUAUGGUCGUACUUAAUUCAAAUGUAUGCUAGGCUGUUGACGGGCGAGGUGCCAUCGGGGGAGUGGUUUG